GCGCGGAAGCCAUGUUCAUUAUCCCGCCAUUUUGAGUAGGGCACAGACGAUUUGGUGAUAGUUGGUGGGCCAUUUGCGCGACAAUUAAGGCGAUUCCUUUGGUAUCAAAAUGAGCGAAGGAAGUGCUACUGGUAACGCCGAUGAUCAAGAAGAAGAGUCCGUCUUUAUGCUGUGUGGGCUUUGUAAAAAGCCGCCGGUGGACACAAGCCCGAAGCUUUUGCCUUGCCUUCACUCUUUUUGUUUAAAUUGCUUGGAGGAACGUUUUGCCGAACAACAACGAGAAAAAGCCCCUUCGACCUCAGCCAGUACAUCUUCGAAUUCGAUCCCAAGGCUGAAAUGUCCAAAUUGUGGUCAAGAGUUUUUGGUUCCCCCGAAAGGAGUACUAGGCUUCCUGGAUAACCAGUUUGUCUUAGAGAACAUGGGAAAACUGCAAAGAAAUCAAGAAAACAUAAACCGUUUCUGCACCUCAUGCGAAGACAACAGUCCGGCUUCGUCUUUUUGUUUGAACUGUAGCGAUUGGCUCUGUGAUGCUUGUGUUUCUGCUCAUCAGCGAGUGAGAGUAACGAAGGAUCAUAAAAUUCAAUCAGAGGCCGAGUAUUUGGAAAACUCUGAGUCCUCAGACGUGAAACCGAUUUUUUGUAGCACUCACCCUCAAGAAGCCCUUAAACUCUUCUGUGCCAACUGCGAAAAAUUGACUUGCAGGGAUUGUCAACUUCUUGAACAUAAAGAUCAUAAAUACCAGUUUAUAAAAGAGGCAGCAGUGAACUACAGGGAUAACCUUAGGGGACAAUUAAAUAGACUGUACGAACAAGCACAGCCUUUGACUGACUCAAUUCGCGAAGUUGAAAAAGCGGCGAAAGGUUUACAAGAACGUGAGGAAACCAUUGUAUCUGAAAUAAAAAAGUCGUCGGAGAUGCUUGUGAAAGCUGUCAGACAAAGAGAGAACGUUCUGUUGCAAGAAUUAAAAGCACUUGUACUUUUUAAACACAAACUUUUGUCCAAGCAGAAUAAAGACCUCCGCCUAAUGCAGAAGAUCCUUCAACACAAUUAUGGCUUCACCAGACAUGUAUUAAAGAAUGGUAGCGACAUGGGAUUGUUGUAUAGCAAAAGACAGCUAAGUUCAAGAAUCCAAAAUCUGUUAAGCUUGAAGUACAAUGUUCUUCCAGUAGCUCAUAGUGAUUUGAAGUUCUCUGUUGAAACAGAAAAGCUCUGUGCUGUGAUUGGUAAACUUGGAAGUGUUAUGACUCCAGCUGACAGAACUAAUACCAAUUCAUUUCGUGGAUUGUCCAAUGCUAGUAGUUUCACUGGUCUGCCAAACAGCACUGUAUCAACAGCUAUGUCAAAUCGUCCAGUCAGUUCAAAUAGUUCUUCAAGACCCAAUCCUAUUGAAGCUCUUUCAGCUGUCAAUAAGCGUUUAGGACCUCCUGGAAGCCAGACCUAUUCCACGAAGUACCCCUCCCUUCAGGCUGCCAUAGUUCAUCCAUCUGGUGCAGGCAUCAAUAUGAAUACCAAAGUUGGUGUGGUGUCAGCAAAUGGCGUGUCUCGCUUGUCAUUACCAUCUGCAACACGGAGCCUUACAGUAAAACCAGGAACUGGAAUUUCUACAAAUAGCUUUUCUUUUGCACAGAGGAGCCCAAAUGUCAGUAACUUGUCGAAUAUCUCACGCUUGUCACCCCCACGCUCUGUUCGAAAUGGUAACACCCUCCCUUUACGGCACUUCCAGGAUAUUGGUAGUAAAAUUGCAAUCAAGUCUCCUCCACCCAGACCACCCAGCACUGGAAGCAACCAUAGUCACCAGAGUACAUCACCGCUUAGUGAUUCAUCAGGUUCUUCAUUUAAACAAAAUGGUUGGGACGAGCAACCAGUAGCCAGUGAGAAAUCAACUCAAGUCUUGAAAGGUAAUUUAGCAUGUGAAUGUAGUUUUUUUUAAAGAGAUGAACAGUAUCACCCCUUCAACUGCUCAGAAAAUCACUCUGGAUUUUUCAGUAUUUCAUGAAAAAGCUAGUUUCUCAUGAUUCUUUGUUUCAUGUCAAAUGUUAUGGUUCUUGGAAUCAAAUGCCAUACAUUUUGAAUUGGUUUAUAUCUUAUUUUUUAUUUUCUUUUAAAAUAAAAUCUUGCUGCAUGUUCAAUCCUGUCCUCCAAGGUCAGUGUGUAAGGUUAAGACCUGAAGGAGUCAUCCCAGUUAUUUUAAUGGACUCAUUUUUUAUUAUGACAUGCCUGUUCCUGUUAGUACAUUCUAGAAUUUAAUCACAUCAAUUCUCAUGUACAUAAGUUUGUGUUAUCUUCUGAAAUCAUUUGGAAUUGAUCAUCAGUUCUUUAGAUUUAAAGUUACUGUUGAAUGGGUGAAUUAAAUUAAAUGUAAAUGCUGCUAUUUUUUGGUGGGACAUUUUUUAUUUUGUUUAAACAGAUGUCCUUAAAAUCUCAACUUGAGAGGAUAUGUGUAUCUUUAUUUGCAUUGGAUUUCCAGUAGUCAUAGCAUUGUUACUUAUUUGGAAGAUUUGUGUUCCAGAUUUGUAUCAUUGUUAUGACUUAUGGAGCAAAUCCUGACAGAUUACAGUUUACAGUUUAUUACAAUUUCUUGAAUUUAAAUCUACAAUAAAGGAGUCUCUACCCUUUUCCUGUGGCUUAUGCAAUAGCAAUCAUUUCUAAUUGUUUCCUUAUAUGAACUGAAUAUUAGCAAUAGUUGUCUAGAACUAUAUAACCAGACAAUCUUUAAGAUAACUGGACUCUACAACAUUUUUAUUUUUUUGAUAAUAAAAUUUUUACUUGUUACACAGAGUGAAAACCUCAUAAUCCAUGCAAUUGUAUUAUUUUUAUUAAAAUGCCAUCUCAACACAAAGAGACGCUGUUUUUUUUUUCUCUCAUGAUUCUGAUUCAUGUUUGGCAAAAUUGUACCAGAACCUUAAUUUCACCUUUAUUUAAAAAGUAAUGAUCAUUUUAACCAUAACUUGAUUUGAAUUUCCAGCACAAUAAAAUUACAUCUAGCACAGUUGUAUAAAGAAAAUGAGAUCAAGAGAAAAAGUUAUGUCAUUUGUUUAGCAGUGUGUGGUGUAUGAGAAAAAGUAUAUAUUUCCUGUAAAACUGAAAUAUACCUCAAUAGGCACUAAGUCAUAUGCUACAUUUGAAAUGAUCUGGGUGCACUCAUUGAAUGAUUAAACCUAUAAAUUAGAUGAUAUCUUGUUCCAGUUUUCUCUCAUAUUUACUUGAAUAGAACCUUAUAUUGUAGUGAUUAACAACUGAAAUAAGAAAUCUUAGCCAGUUUGAGCCGAGUUAUUUUUAAAUCUUACGGUGUAAUAAUUUGCUUGGUUUAAAUUAGCAAAAUAUAAGAUUGGAAUCAAGUGAAAAUGAGAACCACAUCAAUUUUUCACCUGAGAUUCCUUCAAGUUUUUUAAAUGGUUUAUUUGUUUGAAGUCUUUUUUACCAUGUAAAGGGGAACUGGAGAUAGAAGCCUUGUUAAUGGGCAAAACUUUAUAACUUUAGAACCUGAAAGUGAAAUUCAAAGGCAUUGUUUCAGUUUCUUUAAAUAAAACAAUGAAUUGGCUCUUGAAGCCAAAUAAAGCAGCUUAGCAUUUCACUAUUACAGCAAUAUAGCCCUUCCCUGAUCAUGAAAGGUAAAUAUUUAUAUAAUGACCACUGAAAAAUUUUGACAUGGCCAUUAAUUUAAAUCUGCAACAAAUUUGGUUUUAUUGUUAAAUAUUUACAAACUGUUUGUACGUGAUGCUUUUGACAUUGGUGAUCCAAGCAGUUUGACAGAGGCUGUUAACAAAUCUACAUGGUGGAAUAUGGCUUACAUGACAAUUCACCCACAAUUUUCAUGUAGUCCAGUGUUAAAGCAUUAGACUGUAAAACCCUAAGGUUUGAGUCUCAAUUUCUUGUGGCAGAAUCAUAUGUUUUUGUUUUUGUUUUUGUUUUUUUACCUCAUUACAAAACAAGAAUAUAUUUACAAAAUUCCUCUGUUUAUUGUGUUUAUAAUAUUUGUCAUGUAUGACAGAAUAACUUGAAGAAUCAAUAUAAGGCACAAGCAUUUCAUGAUAUCAGUGAUUUACCAAGCAUAAGAUCACACUGUUGUAACAAAUUUAUAACUUGGACUUAUAUAUAUUUACAGUGUUGCAGUGAUUUUUACCAUCAAUCAUAUUCAUGAUGUAAGUAAUCACAAUUGUAUUCUCAGUUUUUGCAACUGCACAGUUAAACUUAAGUUGGAUAGCUAUAUUUGAGACAUUGGUUUUAGAUCUGAUUCAAUUGACAUUAGUUUUAUGGAGAUCUUUGAAUUAUUAAGGCUUGUUUUCGUCAAGUUAGAAAUGGAAGGGAGCAGUAAGAUGAAAAAUGUAGAAGAUUGACACUGAUUACAAAUUUGAAAAGUGAAUAUGAUGGCUUAAAAGGGAAGCAGCUACAUCAGAUCAUCAUCGACAAGUUAACAAGACAUGUAAAUUAUAAAAACAGAUAGAGUGACGUGAAGUAACAGCAGUUAUAGAUCCAUCUAGCAUAGAAGACUUCAAAAUAUGGUCAAAUUCUAAAGCUCCAGGAUUUAGUUUUACUUGUAAAAGCCAAGAACUAAUGGUUUGAAAACAUGUGAAAGAUAGUAUUAACGAUUGGUAAUCAGCACAUUACACAUAAUUUAAGUGCUAACGAGAAAGUAAUUUUGAUAUGAAGUGUCAUCAGUAAAUAUGUUAAUUGUAGGCUUUCUACGAAAAUUCUUGCUUUCACUUUGAAUGGAUUACAAAGAAGUGUGAGAGCCAAAUUAUUUAUGUGUAAUGAAAACAACAUUUUGUAACAUAGAUUGAGUUUCUGGUCGAAAAGAAGUAUAUUUUUUGCAUGCAUUUAUGUUAUUUUGAAUAAUUUCAAUAAGAUGGUUUCUUUAUUUUAUUAAGAAAAGCACAAAAUGAAUAAUUUUUUUUAGUAAUUGUGAAUAAAGGAGGUGGUGUACUUCAAGGUAAGCCAACCUAAAAACAUUUAUACUAUAUUGCUAAAAAAAUUGUUGCAGAGUGUCUUUUUUCUCUUUUUUGUCUGGGGCAAGAUACUCAACUCUUGUAGUCUCCCAAUAUGCCUCUACCCAUGUAGACAGUUUAAGACAUAUUGGUGAGUUGUUUUGGUAACUGACCUUGUGCUGUAAGUAGCCUGGGAUGGAAAAAUAUUGCAUCCAUGAAGAGAAGGAAUAUCCCUAUUUAAUUUAGGAUGGUUUUUAAAAUAACUUAUAUUUUUUAGGUCCAACCUCUCCAACUGGAAUUGGGGAUUCAAAGGUGCCAAGAUUACUUCCUGUGUUAAAGAGAAGUCAUAGUUCUCAAGAAUUGUUAGAUGCUGGAGUUCCUCUCCAAGUUCCCAAACUACUCCCAGUGAGAAAGAGGAGUAAUAGUACCCAGGGAAUCCCUGAUCCAGCCGCAUCCCCUGUGACAACCUCCCCACCACCAGUCAAGGUCAAGCAGGAAAAGCCAGAAUCUCCCACAGAAUUCUCCCCUUGUCACGAAUCAAUGAAGAAGGUAGGGAAGGAAGAAGUCUGCAUGUCAUAAGAAACUUCCAUGGUCAAAUUGAUGGUACACAGUUCAUAUCUGUUUAUAUUCUUAUCAAAUUUUCUUAUUGAUAUGACAUGUAGAUGCCAUCAAUGUUUUGAAUUUUCAAUCUACAGCAGCAACAAGAUGACACCACUAGUGGAGAGAGUGGAAUUGAUGAGACCAGCUCAAAUGAUGAUUGGUGUGCAGUGUGCCGCAAUGGUGGAGAACUUCUUUGCUGUGAUACAUGCCCUAAAGUGUACCACUUACAAUGUCAUGUGCCUUGCCUUUCUGCUACUCCAAGGUUUGUUCCUAAGGAUGUCAAUAUUUGCUUUGUUUGUUAUAAGCUCUUACUGUGCAUAAAUUAUCUUGAGAAGAUCCCAUACCAUGCUUAGUUAGAAGUUGCGCUCUUACAUUCUACAUCAGUGCAGACUGUGUCAGUUUUUUCUGCUUGCUCAGUCCUUUUUCUGGAUAACCUACUGUACCUGAUAUGUACUGUAACCUCAACACAGCUUAGUAGACCCCUCAAAAGGUGUUCACAUCUACGUACAGCCCGAAGCAAAACCCUGAACUGUUACAUUGAACUCAGGGAGACUGCACUGAGGUGAAGACUUCUCCAGGGAACCUCUAAAUGACAUAUUUAAGUGGAAAUAUUUGUUGUCUUCAACAGUGAUUCUUGGAGUUGUGGUUUAUGUCAACUGGUUGAUUGGAAUUCAUUAAAACAGAAAGGUAUGAAAAAUGUCACAAAGUUAAUGAAAAAAAUUUAAAAAAAAAAUGUUUGUGUUAUGUAUUUUCAAGCUUACCUGUGGUAGUUGGAGACACUACAAAUGCAUGAACAAAUACACCCUGUAUAAUAAAAGGCAUUUAAAUUGUUCAAAAUUGACGUACACUUUGCAAUCCUGAAGGUGGAAAAUCAAACACUACUUAAUGUGAAAUUUAACUUGUUUUAUCUUUUGCCCAAAAGAUAAAGAAGUUGUUCAGCCGGGCAAUAAAAGACGAUCAUCUCGCAGUGGUCUGACUGAGUAUGAGAGAAAGGUAACUUUUUCUUUUGGUUGCAAGUUCUCAAUACUACAUGUUAGGUAAUAGAGGACUGUUUCUGUAUCUACACAGCCUCUUUCAAACACAUUGAAAUGUAGAAUAAACAAGGGUUUAUAAGGUACUGUAAUGCUGAAGAAUGAAUGGAAAAUGUAGAAUUAAAGUACCACUCACAAAAUUUAUUUCACAGUCAUGGUUAGCAAAACUGUUUUUUUUCCAUGGCAUUUAUUAUGUUAUUCAGUUGUGUAUGCCCAAAGGUAACCGGGUUUGUUGGCCCACUGAAUAAAUUUGAAUGUCAAAGUGCUAACUUCUUAGAUCUGAAAGAUUAUUUUCUUUACAGAUUUCAGUACAUCUUUGUUAGGUGGUCAUGAAGAUUUAUUGUUUAUUCUAAAGUGUUCCUUAACUUAUAAUUAUAUUACUAGGGCUGGGGAAAGGGGAAGGGAGAGGGGCUGUCAAACUUCAGAAAUCUGCAAGCCAUGUUAAACUUGAGGUUUGCUCAGUCCUUUUUUUUUUUUUUUUUUUUUUUUGGUCAGUCAGUGUGAGAGUUUACCAGUAAACUAGAUUUUUUGUCAUUCAGGCUUGUGAAAAGAUUCUUCUAGAGCUGUAUUGUCAUGCAGAAAGUAUUCCAUUUCAACAACGAGUCAGUAAAUCGGUUAGUGCAAUUAUUUUACCUACACAUAAAUUAUUUAUAACUCAAAGUAAUUGAUAAAUAACCUGUUUUCUAGUUGCCUUGUCAAAAUAUUUACCUUGCCUCAGAAACAGAUGGAUGUAAGUGACAGAUUUAUACAUUGGUGAAGCAGACCCAAGACUAGUGAUCAUUUCACUUAUGUGCAUUUUACUUUUGAAGGUUAAUGAAGUAAGCAUUGAUUUGAGCUCAGAUUCACUUACUGGUACUUGGUCCUUCCUUCUCUCACUUGUUUUCUGAAAACAAUAGGCUCAGCUCCCUUAGGAGUUUGGUCAAGGCCACUGACCAUGACAUUAAGUUCAGGGACUAAAGAUUUUCCUUAAUCUCCCUAAAUGAUAUGUAAAUGCACGUGGCUGUACAGUUCGUCAUUGUGUAAGGAGAAUUUGUCUCAAAACAAAUGCUUAUUUUUCUACAUGCUAUAAAUCACAACCUGCUUUUUGCCAUUUCUUUUAAAGGUUCCUAAUUACUAUAAAGUUAUUUCAAAGCCAAUGGAUCUUUCAAAUGUCCGUGCCAAGCUUCAAACUCAAAACUUUGCUCAUUACCAAAGCUUCAGUGAGUUUGUUGCUGAUUGCCGAUUAAUCUUUGACAAUUGUGCAAUAUUUAAUGAGGUAAGUGUCUAUUGAGUAUUGAGGAGUAACUUAUGGCAAAGUCAUUCUCUCAUCUUUAAGGGGUCCAAAAAUUAUUUGCUCUCAGGGCGAGUCAAUUGAAUAAAUAUGUACCAUCAAUCCUGUAGGGAAAUGACUUGGCUACUUAAUUUUAAUGGAGUGGUAUUCCACUCACAGAGGUAAGGACAGUUGAAAUGCCACUGGUCAGUUCAUGCUAUGAAAACAGGGACAAGCUUGGCAAGUGUUUUAACACUUCACUACCUCAGCAUAUAUGUACAGCAUACGUGUACAUUGAGUUGUGAAUGCUAACAGAAAGCAAAUGGGUUGAUGAAAGCUAAGCAUAUGAAAUCCAAUACAGUUGAAUUGACGCAAAACCUACUUUGUAAGCUAAACUACUUCUAGAUUGCAGUUUUCGAGGGGGGGUUUAUUAUUUGCAAAUUCCGCAGAACUGUUAGUGACAAACAUUUAACUUUCCUGACUUUAUUAUGUUUUUUCAGGCAACAUCUGAAGUUGGAAAAAUGGGUCACAACCUAGAAUUGUAUUUUGAUACUUUACUAAAAAAGUACAUCCCUGAGUUUGUUGAGGCAACUGGAGAACCCAAACCAAAGAGGAAGAAAGAUGAAGCUCGCAUGUAUAUCUUGAAUCCAUAAGUUAAUUAUUUUGUUAAUGAAUAUGAGAUGUAAUAUACUGGUGGUUGUUAGAAUUGAACAUCCAAUUUCCCCUCAUAUCAACACCAGAAAAGUUCCAAUGUUUUUGGCUGUUUUUUUAAAUAAUUAUUACUAUUGAUUCUUUGGCCAGCUUUGGUCAUUUUUAUCUCUGAAACUCCCAGUUUAGGUUACUCUCUAUCAUUUCCUCAAAAUAUUAUUAUACUAUCCAGUAAAAUGGAAUUUGUCAAAUUUAUUAGCUGGAUGGUGUUGUGAUGUCCUAACACCAAAUUAAUUUAACUAAUCCACAGGGAAAUGGAAGGGGGUAGAAAGGAGAAUUAAUGAUCAGACCUUGGGAACUGAAGGUUAAUUCAUGAAAAGCAACAUUUACUUGUCAUGCAGUCCUUCUGCCAGCAUUUUGUUAAGUGUGAUAGCUUUCCAAGAUAAAAGAACAAAGCUUGUUUAUGUACAUGACAUAAAUAUUGAACAGAUGCACUGUGUGCUAUUGGAGAAAAUCUAAGCAUUUGAAAUGUUACUAUGUUUCACUGUUAGUAAAGAGUAUUUGCAUGUCAAAUUGUCGUUUAUCUUAAUUCAAGGUAAUAAAUUGUUUUUGUCGAAACAAAACAGCUCAGUUUUUUAAUGUUUAUUGUAACCUCAUGGCAUACUCAAACAUGCACAAAAGAAUAGUUCAGAGGUAAAAAAUGAAGAGUUGUAAAUAGGGGAAUACUAGUUGUUAUCAGUAUUCUUUUUUCAGGUUUUCAAAUUAAGGGUGAUAGCUUGAAAUAGAAGGAAUAAAGAGGAAAACUAAUGCAAGAUCAUGUAAAAAUACAUGUAAUAAUUAGAUAAUUCACUUUUCUGUAUUUUUGCUGGUUACAAAUCAGAUCAAACCAAAAGCUCUGAUGAAUGAACUUGAGCUUGGUUGUGGUAUGAUUGGUUUGUCUUCAGUUUGUUUGUUUCAGGUGGCUCAAAACAAGUCCACUCUCUUUUAACAAUGCACUGAUUGAUAAAUUAUGCCAAAUAUAAUUUUUAUUAGGUGUUUCAAAAGUGCAUCACAAAUUUACAGUCAUUGGCAGACAAGUCAAGGUAGUUUCCCAUAUGUGGGAUGACACAGUAGUAGAAAAAUCACUUGACUUUAGUUUUGAAUCUGAACUUAAAAAAAAAUAUCACUGAAUGACAAUUGCACAUUAAUAUUCAUUAGGAUAGGGAAAAGAACACUUGUGGGGUUGGUGCAGAGCCACCUACAGACUCUAUUUUUCCAUUAAUGUUAGUAAUCAGAGAUGUCUGCAUCUACCCCAUGCAGUCGUAUGCUGGGUGCAGGUUCAUUUUACAAUAAAUCUACAUCUACAAGGUCCACUAAAUACAUUUGUCAUAGGACUGUGCAAAUUGUGAACACUUUUAAUUGAAUUUUACUUGUCAGUGGUACUCUGAACAAUCACAGUAGAAGUCAGGGAAAUGUGAUCAAAUCUGAAAACCAGAAACUAACUACUGUUACUACUUAUGGUUUGGUCUUCACAAGUCUGAUUGUCUUUUUCCAGUAACACUUCAUAAAUAACACCGAUGUUCACAGUCUUUCAAAUUUCAUAGCAAUUCUAUGGAGAC